AUGGCUAGUGCUGGUUCAUCAACCGAUGUCUCUCACAGUGAAUCUGACGAAAUGUAUCUUGAAAUUUUCUGUCUACUCUGGCUCGAUGCCAGUUCAAGUACUAAGGAAGGUCGCGACACUGAACCAAAAUUACGUUCUAUCAUUAAUCAUUUCAAGAAAUUUCAAGAUAUAACUCAAUGUCAAAAUUAUAUUUAUGAACGAUCAACAAAAGAACGGGUAGUUAUGAUAGUUAGUGGAAGAUUAGGAAGAGAAAUAGUUCCUUCCAUUCAUCGUGUUAGACAAGUUAUAUCGAUUUAUGUAUAUUGUAUGGAUAAGGAAGAUAACGAAAAAUGGGCUCGCAACUAUAAAAAAAUAAAAGCUGUUGUGACUGAUCUUGAUGAACUUGUUUCUCGAAUUAAAGCUGAUCAUAAGAUUCAAAAGAUGGUUGAAGAACCAUUAUCAAUUAAUAUUUUUAAUAAAGGCGGUAAUUCAACAAUAGAUUUAAAUGGCGAAUUUGUUUUUUCACAAGUUCUCAUUGAUUUCCUUAUUCAACUACAAUAUACUGAAGAUGAUAAAAAAGAACUUAUUGAUCUUUGCAAAAAACAAUAUAAAGGUAAUAAUGAUGAACUCGGUAAUAUUCGUGAAUUUCAAAAAGAACAUUUAUCUAACAAAGUUUUAUGGUGGUAUACACGAGAAUCGUUCUUUUACAAGACUCUUAAUGCUGCUCUUCGUACUCCAGCAGAUAUUCAUACAAUAUUUUUAUUUCGUAAAUAUAUCGCUGAUAUUCAAUAUCAAUUAAAAAAACAUCAAGCUAAGGAACGUCUUCAACUUUAUCGAAGUCAAAUGAUAUCAAAUAAUGAACUGGAAACUUUGAAACAAAAUUGUGAUAAAUUUAUUUCUAUGAAUUCAUUUUUUUCUACCAGUUUUGAUAAACAGAAAGCUCUAUCGUUUCUCAAGUAUUCCGAUGAUACAGAAAAUUUAGAAGCAGUAUUAUUUCAAAUCGAUGCUGAUCCUAGGAUGGCAACUAUAAAACCAUUUGCUGAUAUCACUGGUUUUAGUGAAUUUAAAGAUGAAGCUGAAGUUCUGUUUAUGUUAGGUUCCAUUUUUCGAUUGAAUAGUGUCAAGUACAGCGAAAAUGGUCAAGUAUGGAUCAUUGAUAUGACAUUGUGCAAUAAUGAAGAACAUGACUUGGAACAAGUUCUGAUAGAUAUGAAAGAGGAAUUUAUGAGCGAAGAAAUAAAUCUUCAAGCAUUAGCAAAAAUGUUAUGGGGAAUGAGCCAGAUUGACCUAGCUAGAAAAUACUUUAUGCGUUUGUUAGAACAACUUCCACUCCACGACCCUUUACAUAUUAAUUUAUAUCAAGAUCUGAGUAAACUUGAAGCACAUGCCGGUCAUUUGGACAAGAGUAUAGAAUGGCGCCGAAAAGCAAAUGAACUGAAAAAACAAAUUUCAUCUACUUCCUCUUCUAGCAUUAGUAAACCAAAGAAUCCUGUUGAAUCAAAAUUUAAUAAAUGGAAACAAAAUGCCAUCACUGUGGCUGGUGGAAAUAAAGAAGGACAACAAUUAAAUCAACUCAGAUUCCCUACAGGAAUCUUUAUUGAUAAAAAGGAAAAUAUUCUCAUUGCUGAUUAUGAAAAUCAUCGUAUCGUUGAAUGGAAACACAAUGCAAAAGAAGGAAAAAUCAUUGCAGGCGCAAGUGGCAAAGGAAAUCGUAUGGAUCAAUUGAAUUGUCCAACAGAUUUGAUUCUUGAUCAACAAAAGCAUUCGAUCAUUAUUGCUGAUCUAGUGAACAAACGAGUGAUUCAAUGGAUGAAUCAAAAGCAACAAAUUCUCAUUAAAGAUAUUGACUGUUUUGGCUUGGCAAUGGAUAAACAUGGAUUUCUUUAUGUUUCUGAUUACAAGAAGAACGAAGUGACACGAUGGAAAAUGGGAGAAUACGAUGAAGGAAUUGUAGUGGCUGGUGGCUAUGGAGUAGGAAAUAAACUCAACCAACUCAACAAGCCUACUUUUAUCUUUGUUGAUGAAGAUCAGUCUGUUUAUGUAUCAGAUCGAAACAAUCAUCGUGUGAUGAAAUGGAAAAAAGAUGCAAAAGAAGGAAGAAUUGUGGCUGGAGGAAAUGGAAGAGGAGGAAAUUUCAACCAAUUAUCUUCACCUAAUGGAGUCAUUGUUGAUGAUUUUGGUCAAAUUUAUGUGGGAGAUUUUGCGAAUCAUCGAGUAAUGCGUUGGUGUGAAGGAAAAGGAGAAGGUGAAGUUGUUGUUGGUGGGAAUGGAAAAGGAAAUCAAUCAAAUCAAUUGAAUCGUCCCCGUGGUUUAUCUUUUGAUGAAGAAGGAAAUCUUUAUGUUGUUGAUUGUGCGAAUUGUCGAAUUGAAAAAUUUGAAAUAACUUGGUAA